UCCUGCCUCGGUUCCGCUCAAUAUUUGCAAAUUUCUUUUCGAAGCAAAAACUUUUGACAUAGGACUGGACAAGGUUGGCCUGUAUCCUAGAAAUUGUGCAAGGAACCAUGCUUUGCAGAGAAGGAAGAGUUGCUUUGCUGUCUUUUUUAUCUUUUGCAUUCAUCACAGCCUACUAUAUCAGUAUCACAUUUAAUUACAUUCCGGGAAGGCUUAGUUGGGCCUACCUGUCCUUUGGUUUCUUGUCCGCCUGUGUCUUGACAUUUUUUGUCCCGUUUCCAGAGGUUGCACGUAAUGCUGCGUUUAUAGGAACUGUUUUUGGUGCUGGAGUAAUCAUAGGGAACACUCAUACAGCAUGGAAUACGCUUGGAUGGUACAUGGUUGCACUUGGCUUCUUCCAUAUCUCGGAGUACUUGCUGACUGCCUUGUACAAUUACAACGAACUCAGUAUAGAUUCGUUUAUAUUAAAUCACAGUUUUGAGUACCACAUUGCCAUUGCUGCAAGUUUCGUUGAGUUCAGUGCAGAGGCUUACUUUUUUCCUGUGAUGAAAACAUCAACAGCGUCUCGUUAUAUUUCUUUCAUUGGACUUGUUCUGGUGAUAUUUGGAGAGUGCAUGAGGAAAUUGGCCAUGAUUACAGCGAAAUCCAACUUUUCACAUCUUGUGCAGUACAGGAAAAUUGAAGGACAUCAGCUGGUGAGGCAUGGCGUAUACUCAAUAUCAAGGCACCCAUCAUAUUUUGGCUGGUUUUGCUUUAGCACUGGCACACAGCUACUGCUAUGCAAUCCAAUAUGUAUUCCAGCGUUCAUAUUUGCAUCCUGGCUGUUCUUUAGAGAUAGAAUCAAAGAUGAGGAAUAUGCACUAGUUAGGUUCUUUGGUGAAGAUUACAUUGACUUUGUCAAGUCUGUCCCAACAAGAAUACCAUUUGUAACAGGAAUAGAGGAGGAUAUCAAGGAAAUUGAAAGUAGAAGUGAAAAUUGAAAGCUCCUGCUAUAUAUUGUGUUGGAGGUCCAUCUUUUUUCUUGUUCUGAAUGGCAAACCAGGCUCACAUAGAAAGGGAGGGGGCACUGGGCUUGGUAUGGCUCUUGAUAGCCCUGCGUUAAACACUUGGCAAACCGUUGUAGAUUUUCAUGGUUUACAUUUCUUCAAGAGGCUAUAGAAUAAUAAAUGUAAAGCCAUUUAUCUUUAAAAAGCUUCACAUUUAGAGUCAAUCAUCUUUGUUUGUUUCAUUGAAAAUUGAUCUACAUGAUAUUUUAAAAAUAGUUUUAAUAUGUUAUCUUUUUAAAGCAGCAUGUGGGUUUAUUUAGACUAAGAUGGCAUAAGCAAUAAAGUAUUGGUAUUUGAAAAAAAUAGCACCAGGUCUUUUUGUUAAUUCUUUUGUAUAGGUUACAAAGCCUCUUUGUUCUGCAUCUACAAUACCUAAUGUCCGGGAAGAUUUCCUGUAUCAGGCAAUUUAACCCCUUCUUCCACAACCAGUCCCUGACAAUCAGUACUUUUUAAUGAUCAUAUAAACAUGGACUUUCCAUAGUUUAGUUUCAGUCGUACAAAUGCUGUUUGUUUUUUCUGUAAUGAUAUUCAAGCUAUUUUAUAUGAUUUAAAUAUACAUGUUUUGAUUUAAAAUCAUACUUUGUACAGUUGAACCAUAACUGGUGUGGAAUGCUGUUUAAAAAUGUUAAAAUUAUUAAAUUGUAGAAAUCUUCAUGAAUUGUAGAAAAAAUGUUUUUGUCUUAUAUGAACUGUCCAAGUCUCAGAAAGAAUAGAGAGAUGCCCUUUGCAACCUAAACAUGUUAUAUCAAACGAACAAUGCCCUGAUGAUCGCAAUUAGCAUGAAACUCAGAGUAGCAACUGGGAACCACCCUGUUACUAUACAUCAAUUGUGUUAUAUCGAAAAAUUUCAAAUAACCCAAUUGCUUUGCCAAGAAUCCACUGAUGAUACCUAUCGUAGGGCCC